AUGGUCAAGGCCGACGUCAAGCGCGAUUACUAUGCGGACCUGGAUCUGCCGCCAACCGCAGAUGCCGAAGACAUCAAGAGGCAGUUCAGACUCCUGGCGAAACAAUUCCAUCCCGACCGAAAUCCCGGCCGUGAAGUCGAAGUCCUGCCAAAGUUCCAGGCAGUUCAAGCAGCACACGAGAUUCUGAGCGACCCCGUCGAGAAGGCCAAAUAUGAUGCCGCGCGCGCCAAACUCACUGGUAGGAACACCGCCAGCAACUACACAUCAGAACCUUAUGGCUUCGCGAGGUCUGCAAGCUAUCGUACAAGCACAGCCACACCGCAGUUUCCCUUUCCUCCGCCGCCGAAGACAAAAGAUAAACGACCACAGUUCCCGAGUCCGACCCCCAAGUCGCAGACAUCAUCUGGUGCGGAGAAAUUCAAUGCCUUCACCCGCGGAGCACCACAGUCAUGGGAUAGAGCUCGCUUCGACGAUGCUAGGGCCGAAGCUGCAAGAGUCUUUCCCAAUAUGAGACCAUCGCCGACUGCUCCACCGGUUCCGCCACGAACGCCUCGUCAGGCUCCUACAGCACCCAAGCCGUCCUCUUCGUCUGAUAUACCCCACGCCUCAAAUAUGCCUCCGCCAGGCUUUCCUGGGUUAUCUCGGACACAGAGCGCGCGAAGACAGGGCUAUACAGCCGGCUCCCAUGGUGGCGAUGAGGCGCCAGCCCCUCGAUCUGCAUACUCGUACGUACGUGGCGAUCGUACAGCGGGGACUGGUUCGCAUGGCUAUGUGCCGGAUGACCACAUGCGGUCACCUCCCGUCUCUCGGGUUAGGCCUGCUGUAAGUCCUCUACGACAUACCAAGUCUUCUGACUAUGAGAUGCGGAGUGAUUCGUUCGGUGGCUCGCGUCCUUCGUCCAAGUAUGCCGGGGUGAGUGGCGAGAGGACUGACAUCCACGGAGAUGGCCUGCAUCGUUCUGCCAGCGUGCGGAACUCGCCAGUCGACCCGCGUUGGGAUGAUCGAGGCCCGUUCGGUAGGUCGUCUGCUCGCUUUGACCACCCUCCUCGACACCGUAGUGAAAGCCCCGGAAUGAAGCCCAAUGGGAUCCAUGCCGAUUUCUCGUCCGAUACGUCGUCGAGUGAGGAUGAGGCAUUGAACAUGAACGCACGACCAAAAGCUGUGCCACGACCCAGAACGAAACCCGGCUUGAAUCCUUUCGGCAGGACCGUCGAUCCCAAUCCCGGACUGACGGGACAGUUUCCCAACACUAAUUACACUAGGAUUGUCGACGAGAACCAGUACAAGUAUCCGCCUCCCGAUUCGAGGGAACCUGCUCAGAAACCUUUCUCCGCGCCUGAGGCAGCGAAGUCUAACGGCACACCCACAUUUGGAGGAAAUAGUGGUAAUCAGGAUGGACCCAAGUAUGCCCCCUCUCCAAGAAACCCAUUUCACUAUCCUUGGUUGGAAAAGACGCCUCCCGGUCGUCCUGCUCCUAAAGGGACCUGUUUCAAUGGUCUCCCUUCGUGGGCAGUUCCUUCGAGUAUCUUUCCACAGAAGACACCUCCCCAGCGCGAAAAGCAGGAAAUGAAAGAUGACAAAGCCCGUCACCCUCCCUCAUCUUCUCCGUUUCAUACGUCCGGUAUGGUUGCUAAUCCCAGAAGCAGUCAUGACAACGGCCCGUCCAAUGUCCAAUCCAAGUUUUCGGCGGAUGAGUGGCAUGACAAGGUAACAGUUGAGGACUUCCUCCGUCCGACUGACCCUCAAAUGCGAAAGCCAUCACCUUCCAAGACCAGCCGAGCGGGAAGCAAGUCCACCGCAACACGAGCUAGAGGAUUGUCCAGAGGCCCGGAUGCGGAAAGCAGCUCCUCUUCCGACUCUGUAAGUGGCGGAUUUACACCCCAACGUGGCAGCGGUUCGGAUGGCGACCACCACGACAAAUCGACCGCUUUCCAACAAGGAAAACUGCCGAAAGAUUGGGCGGCCAAGGCCAAAACUGCCGCAACCGAACCACCCCCUACGGGAGCAGCCCAGCGGGCCAGGAAUUCGCCUGCGAAUGGUGCUCGAAAUCGAAAUGUCUUCGUGGAGGAUGAAGAAGAUGUCAUGGACCUAGACGACACCCCUGCAGGCUCUGGAAAGCAGGAGGCUAAUCACGUCGGGCAUCAACCAAAUACGGAAGCCCUCCGCCCAUCUUCAGAAAAAUGGUCUAUAAAUGAAGGUGUCGAUCUGAAAGCUUUCACCCAGCAGGCACCAUUUGCUCCUGCGUCGACUGGUUUGAAGGAUAUGGGCGAUAUUGCAACCCAUCUCCCGUUCGAGUCACGUCCCGCGGCCAGUGUUGAUGCCGGUGGGAAAGCCGCGGCGAGGCUACGUGCACUAAACUUACCUAAACCGCCGAAGCCAGUGGUACCGCCAGCCGUGGAUCGUCUGGACCAAGCCAACUGGCUACAGUAUGUGGAGAACAUGAAGGUGUAUAUGCGAGAAUGGAACCGAUUUAACGCCAAAAUGAUUGAACAUUUCCGCAUUCGACAGGAUCGGAUUGGUGAAACCAUGGCGCCGAAUUGGAUCAGCAUGCGUGGUGACGGGCCGGAUGCCGACAGUGUGGACGGCUUAACUGGGGACGCAGCGAAGAACUCUCACGAGGCCGGGUAUGCGGCGUACAUGCAGUGGUUGAAAGACGACGCACAAUGUCGGGCUUGGUGGGAUCAUGCGCACGAUGAACACAUGAAGUGUCUGGAAGACCUGGGGCGGGUUAGAGAGGCGGCCAAAAGAAACCUGCGUCCGGUCUGA